GUAUUUUCGGGUAAUUUUAAUAGUCGAGGAAAAACUCUGUUGUCUCUUUGAUAAAACGUCGUCGCAGUGUUUGGCCUUCAGCGUUGCCGCUCGAAAAAAUAUACAGACGCCAAGGUGUUUUCUCGGCUGCCAAGCACUCAAAUUCGUCUGGCUACCAAAACCCAUUACGAAUUAGCCAAAAGUAUAAGUUUCGCAGGUGUUAGAGAUAGAAAAUGGGAAAAGCUUCAAGGGACAAGAGGGAUAUCUACUACAGAAAAGCAAAAGAAGAAGGUUGGCGUGCUCGAAGUGCCUUUAAGCUUCUUCAGAUAGACGAGGAAUUCAAUAUUUUUGAAGGAGUGAAGCGUGUGGUAGAUCUUUGUGCAGCCCCUGGUAGCUGGAGUCAGGUCUUGAGUCGGAAAUUGUACCUCCCAGCAAAGCUUUCUUCUGAUUCAAAGGAUGGUGAUCUUCCUCUUAUUGUAGCAAUUGAUUUACAGCCCAUGGCUCCAAUUGAAGGUGUCAUUCAAGUGCAGGGCGAUAUAACAAAUGCUCGAACAGCUGAAGUGGUCAUCAGACAUUUUGAUGGUUGCAAGGCUGAUCUGGUUGUCUGUGAUGGUGCUCCUGAUGUCACUGGUCUUCAUGACAUGGAUGAAUUUGUUCAAUCCCAACUUAUAUUGGCAGGUUUAACAAUCGUUACUCACAUACUAAGAGAAGGUGGUAAAUUUAUAGCUAAAAUUUUCCGUGGAAAAGAUACAAGUCUUCUUUACUGUCAGCUGAAAUUAUUCUUCCCGACAGUGACUUUUGCAAAACCAAAAAGCAGUCGCAAUUCCAGCAUAGAGGCAUUUGCAGUUUGCGAGAAUUAUUCUCCUCCCGAAGGAUUUAACCCGAAAGAUCUACAUCGCCUCUUAGAAAAGGUGGGAAGCCCCUCAGGAGGAGAAGAUUUAGAUUGUAGUAGUGGGUGGUUGGAAGGUCCAAAUAAGGUGUAUAUUCCUUUUUUAGCUUGCGGGGACCUUAGUGGAUAUGACUCUGACCGUUCAUAUCCACUGCCCAAAGUUGCUGAUGGAACUUAUCAGAGCUUAGAUCCUGUACAGCCCCCAAUUGCUCCUCCAUAUAAAAGAGCUCUUGAACUGAAAAAAGCUUCCAGUCAUGGCAUCCGAGACCACCUUGAAAAGCUUUCCUUGGAACCAUAACUAUUCCUUUUCAUGUAAUCCUUUAUUUUGUCACUCUGGCCAAUAUACCAGGAAUAGCUAGGUUUAUCACCAUUAUUUUUGAAAAUCAGUAUAACAUCCUUAGAAAUUUGUAACUCUUCCAUGUUUCCCAGAAUUUAAACGUUUGGGUCCAGCUGUUAACUAACUUUCAAUCACUACUUACAGAUUUUUUAUAAUUAUUGUUUUUCAAUGAUAAUCAUCUCACAUUAAAGGCA